AUGAUGGCGAAAGGGGCUUGGUGGUGGGAGAAGGUAUUGAGAGGGGUGCGGACUUUGUAUUUCAUGGCGACGAUGGUGGCAUCGCUGUUGCUUGUGUCUUUGCCGUUAGUGGUGGCGAUAGGUGAUGUGGUGGUGCCGUGCUUGCUGAUUCCAAGCUUCACAUGCGUUAAUUGCUACAGUUUUAGUGAGAAUUUGCAGAGAUACGCUUUCAAGAGCUCGCUUAUGGAUGUUCCUCUGGUCUCCAUAAUCAGAUCUCUUAUUAUUACCUGUGUAUAUUCAAUGUGCGAUGUCAUGAUGCUCUCACAGGGGCCGUACCUUGGAACUGUAACACUCUGCUCCAUCAUCUCAAUACUACUUCUCUCUCUCAAGGCUUGUCUUUUUGCUGUCAAUUCUCAACUUGAGGCAGAAGCGUCAACUUAUCUUUCAAGGCAGAGGCAGAGGCUCCAUUUGAAGAAGUCUUGGGGGAUGCCCGUCUUGUUUCUCUCAUCUGUCGUCUUUGCUCUGGGUCACAUUGUUGUAGCCUAUCGUACAAGCUGCAAAGCUAGGAGGAAGCUCUUGUUGCACCGUGUUGACCCAGAAGCCGCUCUUUCUUGCAAGAUGGUCUUCUCUGGCUACCAUAAGGUUCCGCGAUCGCCUACUCCAUCUGCUGGGAAAACUUUCAGAAGUAAUAGUGAAAUGAGGAGAAAAGGAUUAGGUGUUGCUCGUGAUGAUGGAGAACUUCCAGUUAGUUUACUUGCUGAAAAGGACAGCUUAUUCAUUUCUUGUAAAGGACUAAUGGUUCACUACAAGCUAAGCAUACCUGGAUCGCCUUCCUGUUCCUUAUCCUCCACUUCCUUUCUGGCUGCACCUGCAACAAGCAUUUCGUUGAAAACCCGAUGCACUAUCCACAGGAGCAUCAGUAGUCAAUUUCAUGUCAGUACCUCUCUCCAUACUCCUCUGUUAGAUGGUUCUCCAACAUCCCCAUUGUCUAAAGACAUGCCAAUUUCGAGCCCUGAUGAAACCGGCGAGGGCGAUGACAUGAGCAAUAUGAGAUCUCCAAUGUUGGAACAGGAUCUAGAAGCAAAUGGACACUUUGGAAUUGUGUUAGUGCAUGGUUUUGGAGGGGGAGUCUUUUCGUGGAGAAAUUUGAUGAGCAUUCUAGCUAGGCAGGUAGGCUGUGCAGUUGUUGCUUUUGACAGGCCCGGUUGGGGUUUGACGUCCAGGCCACGCCGUAGGGAUUGGGAGGAAAAUCAAUUGCCUAAUCCUUACAAGCUUGAUAAUCAGGUUGAUCUGCUUCUUUCUUUUUGUUUGGAGAUGGGAUUUUCUUCAGUUGUUCUAAUUGGCCAUGAUGAUGGAGGACUGCUUGCACUUAAGGCUGUGCAAAAAAUCCAAUCUUCAGCAAAUUCCAAGAGUAUUGAAAUAAAGGGAGUUGUAUUGCUGAGCGUAAGCUUGUCAAGGGAACUGGUUCCUGCAUUUGCAAGAAUUCUAUUACGCACUUCACUUGGAAAGAAGCAACUUGUCCGUCCUUUACUUCGGACAGAAAUUACUCAAGUUGUUAAUCGGCGUGCAUGGUAUGAUGCAACCAAACUAACAACUGAAGUCUUAAGCCUCUACAAGGCCCCGUUACAUGUAGAAGGUUGGGAUGAAGCACUUCAUGAAAUAGGGAAACUUUCAUGUGAGACUGUAAUCCCACCACCUAAUGCAGCUUCCUUGCUGAAAGCUGUUGAAGCAUUGCCAGUUUUGGUUGUUGCCGGGGCUGAAGAUGUCAUUGUCCCUCUAAAAUCUGUUCAAAUUAUGGCUUCUAAACUUGUAGAUUCUAGACUUGUAGCAAUAUCUGGUUGUGGCCAUCUUCCGCACGAGGAAUGUCCCAAAGCAUUGCUUGCUGCGGUAUCACCAUUCAUCAGUAGGCUUUUAGUAAGAACAGAAAUACAAAACUGA